GUAAAUUUCUACUUCCGUUAUUGAAUGUAACCAUGAAGUCGAUUUUGGUAUUAAGUCUACUCGUGGCUUUAACACAGUCUCAAUCACCAAGGAAACUGGAUUACACUGAAUAUCUUAGUGGAGUAAAAUCGCAACUUACUAGUCUGGCCAAAAGACCAAUGCUCUUGUCAGGGGGAUCUAAUGAUCGACAGACCCUAAAAGAAGCUCAAGAUGUUGCAUCUACAGCCAAAAAACUAUUUGUGAAAACCAACAAAAAGCUUUCAGCGCACAUCGGUGAGGCAACAGCUAGAGAUGGUGGGAGACUACAAAUCAUCAUCGAGAAAUUAAGUGCCUUGAGCCCGAAAAUUAACGGAGACGACCUAUCCGCUGAUGAGAAAAAACUGUUAAAUCACAUGAUCAGCCAGGGGCUUCAACAUGAGGCUACACAGGCGAUGUCAAAGCUGCAGGGCAGGAUUAUGAACACACUGAGCCAAGAAACAGCACCUGCUGCAGCUAAAUUACUGCUAUCUCAAGUCAUGACAAAGCAACUGAAAGAAAUGACCCAGAAGCAAGCUAAAAAACUGACCAACACGGUUAUACAUGACGAGGGGGAAGGCUUUUUAAACCGUGGACCAGUAAAUAAAUUAGCAUCAAUGAACGCACCACCACCAGAUGCCGAAGGAGUAGACGAUGACGAAGGUGUUUCAGACGUGGCGGACCCAGAUACCAACGACGGUGUCGCUGAUGAAGCAGAUCCUACCAUCCAAGGAGUGGACGAUGAACUGCCACCCAGCAAGCUGCAAGGGAACAUAGGCGGGGGAAGCAAGAAGACGAUGUGCAUGUUACUGGUGAAUAAGGAGUUCUGCGUCACUCAGGAGAAAGCUCUUUAAUAUUUGAGGUCUAAUAGGAAACAACUUCAUGUGUAGUUUCUUCAAUAAUGAAACAAAUAAAAUUGACAUUAUA